AUGCGUAUCUUUGCCGAAAAUGGCGUGAGGCGGACGAUGUCGAAGAACCUCCCCGGCACGAUCAAGACUGGCGUGACCAACAAGACCACCGCCCCGGCCACCACCAACGCCGCACUCUUCCCCGCCAUGCGGGAGACCGACCUUGGUGUGGCCGCCGCGCGCAACGACCUAAAAGGGUGGGCGCUGACUCUCGACAAGGUGGUGCAUGACGCUGACGAGGACGCAGCCCGCACCCUCAACGCCAAGGCGGAGCAGUUCCGCACUUGGUUUCUGACCGUCAACGCGGCGCUGCCCGCCGCCGAGCGUGCCGAGCUCGCGCGCCUGACCGCCGCCAGCAGCGCACUGGCCGGAGUCGCCGCCGCCGGCGGCGACGCCGCGGCCCAGAUCGCCGCCAUCAUGAAGCUCCGCGCGGCGCUGCCGCCGCGCGGGCCCCACCUGCCGGCGCGCCCCCGCCACAAGAAAGACCAGAACCUCAUCAUUGCAAGCCGGGCGCACUGGCGCUCCGAGGCGCAGGUGCUGGGCCUGCUCGCCGCGGGCCUGGCCACCAUGCAGGAGAGCGGGCUGGAGGACCUGCUGGUGCGCGCCAACAACACCGACCCCUGCGGCAAGGGCCGCAUCUCUGCUGUGAUGCGUGAUGCCGCGCAGCAGCACCGCCGCAUGGCGCGGCGGAUGGCCAGGCUGGCGGCCAACGGCCGCGCCGCGCUCGCCUCUGGCGUCAUCCAGCGGGCCGCCGGGGUGGAGAGCGCCUGCGCCGCCACUGACAAGGUGAUUGCCCAGCUGGACGCCGUGGGGCUGUCCGCGGCGGCGAGCCUGGCGCCGCGCGCGCUGGCCGCGCCCCCGCAGGGCAGCGCGGCGCGUGGCUCCAUGGCAGCCUGCUGCCUGAUGCUGUGCGCGGCGGUGGCGGUGGCCGGCCUGCCGGCCGCGCGCGACCAGCCGGCCGCGCGGAAGCUGCUCCGCAGCUUCAAGCUGCGGGACAUUGACAUCAGCGGCGAUGCGGACAGCAAUGAGGACGGCAGCGGCCGCGAUGGCCGCGACCAGGACGACGGGCCUGACGCGGGCUCGCCAUUUGUGCUGGUGCCGCGGCGUCCCACGCCCGACGGCACCCUUGACGGCGGCAUGGGGGCGGAGGCUGAGCCCGAGGGCCAGCAGGCGUCCGGCCGCGGCCGCCGCGCCGCCGACGCGAGCGCCCCCAUGCCCCGCGCUCGCCGGGUCUUUGGAUGGGCCAAGGCGGCCCUGUCGCGGGGCUUCGCCGCCAUGUUCUAG